UAUUAAAGUCCUAUACGCGACGAAAUCCGAGUUAUGAUACAAAUUUCACACCGCAGUGCUACAGAGGUGUUAGAACUACCAGUGCCAACCUGAGAUAUGUUGAACCCCGUUUUACCAUACCACUUGGCUGGUUUGGGCCUUCUCAGGCCUCUAUCUAUAGAAGGCCAAGGUCGUGUAAAUCAACUUGGCGGCGUCUUCAUCAACGGACGUCCUCUUCCUAAUCACAUCCGUCUUAAGAUUGUCGAGUUGGCAUCCCAAGGUGUACGUCCAUGCGUUAUCAGCCGCCAGCUUCGAGUCUCUCAUGGGUGCGUCUCAAAAAUACUUCAGCGUUAUCAAGAAACCGGAAGCAUACGUCCAGGCGUCAUCGGUGGAAGCAAGCCACGAGUUGCCACACCGGAAGUAGAGAAACGGAUUGAGACGUACAAGAAGGACAACCCAGGUAUUUUCAGCUGGGAGAUUCGCGAUAGGCUCCUUAAAGAAGGAAUCUGUGACAGAAGCACUGUCCCAAGUGUUAGCUCUAUCAGUCGUGUUCUCAGGUCUAAAUUCAGCAAAGGAUCCGACGACGAGAGCAUAGAUGGAGAAGACGAGGAAGAAGAUGUUGCUCGGAGCAACGGAGAAAAACUUGCAGAUUCUGCAGGAGACGACACUGCAGACACAAGUGAAGAUAAACUCGAGGAUGUUUCUGACUGUGAUUCUGAACCAGGACUUCAGCUGAAGAGAAAACAGAGAAGAAGCCGGACAACGUUCACGGCGGAGCAACUUGAAGAACUCGAGAGAGCAUUCGAAAGAACACAUUAUCCCGAUAUCUAUACACGAGAAGAACUAGCUCAGAGAACCAAGUUAACGGAAGCACGUGUUCAAGUUUGGUUCAGCAACAGACGUGCAAGAUGGCGAAAACAAGUGGGGACCAAUCAGCUAUCAGCAAUCAAUACAUUCCUCCAGAUGCCCCAAGCAGUUCCGAGUACUCAUGCGCAGUAUGGACUUCCUGAAUCAAGUUAUCACCUUCCUUCCGCUUCAGACUCGUUUUGGCAUCGUCCUCCACUGCCCGGUCCUCUUCAUCAAGCAUUUUCCCAUCCGCCAUCAUUCAAACCGGAAGUAUCUUAUGGAGGAUUGAUGGACUCGUAUCUCAGUCAUGCAGCUCAAGUCCCUUCAUACAACAGCCUGGCAUCAGGUACGACAUAUUCCACGGCAUGGUCAACACCGACGGUGAACUCAACACUCGCAACACUUAGCUCUUACCAUCCUGGCGUCUCGACAUACCCGUAUGACGUCGCAAAGUCCAGUAUAACCCCUUCGACCUUUACGUCUCAAGGUGUGGACAAGUGUUCAACAGAUGAAACAUUAGCGGCUUUACGGCUGAAAUCUCGUGAACAUUCCGCCAUGUUGGGGUUCGGUCUCGUCAAUACAGAUCUCGCGAGACCAACAAGUUCAUAUCAAACUGUAUAACGUGCAACCACAGCGUCAUUAAUUCUGACAGACAAAAACAUUUCUUUGCUCAAAGAUGACCGCUGCUUUAACUGUGGUAGACAAUCCGAUCACGUGAUGGAAUCAGGAAGAAGAAACGAUGUUUCGACGAGAAGCACCGAGAUCUCAGACGUCAGGUUAACUGAGCCGAAAGAAUCAUUCCACUACACUCAUGAAUGUAGCUAUUUAUGUAUAUGCAAGAUAAUGUAUUCCACUGAACUGAUCAUACAUGUGUGACAUAACAAUGUCAUGCUGUUAGCCCCCUGAUACGGCAUUGUUCUUAUACCGGUCUGUGCAAAGUUAGCAAAUCAGUGGUGCUAUCUGUAUAGUUAUACAGUCUGUUUGUGAAUUUGCCUCACGCAAGACUCUUUACCAUAUAUAGGAGUAUCGAAGACGCCAUUGACAUAUGGUGGAUGUUAUUUCAGAA